AGUGUUUGUAAAAGCGAGUUGACAGAAUAAAGUUAGCGUAAAUGUUUUUGUUCAUAAACUUGGUGGACGGUUGGUCAACCGUCGUGACGUAGCCCGGUUCAACGUCUGUCAGUUGGAGUGAGUUCUCCUGUAGUACAGUAUCAGUGCCGCCCUGCCCCAGCUGUUAAGUUCCACGGAAGCGUGUAGUAAAAGGAAACAGCUUCAGCUUGGGAGCAACAUGAGUGUUCAGGAUGAAUGGAUGGACUGCCUUGGCGAGGUCAGAGGAGAAGAUUGGACUCCAAUUAGAAAAGAGAGAACCAGUUUUGGAGAAUACAACCACCAGCUGCUUUUGGGAGAUGGCGAGGACACGCUGGAGACUUCAGUCCUAGACACGGCACAGCUCUUUCCAUUGAUGGAGACCAAGCUGUACAAGCGGAGAUGGGUCAUGCUAUUCAUCUUCAGCGUUUACUCCAUGAGUAACGCCUUCAUGUGGCUGCAGUACAGCAUCAUAAGCAACAUCUUCAUGCGUUUCUACGAAAUUGACAGCCUGGCAAUUGACUGGCUCUCCAUGAUCUAUUUCCUCACCUACAUCCCCUUCAUCCUGCCUGUCAUGUGGCUGAUUGACAACCGAGGCAUGAGGGACGUUGUAGUGGUGGGCUCAGCCUUCAACUGCAUCGGGGCCUGGAUCAAGACAAGCACGGCCGACCCCCACAUGUUUGCCAUGACCUUUUUCGGCCAGUUUGUGUGUUCAGUGGCCACCGUUUAUAUCCUGGGCAUCCCAUCCAGACUUGCGUCCCUAUGGUUUGGGCAGCAGGAGGUGUCCACUGCCUGUUCUAUUGGCGUUCUAGGAAACCAGAUGGGAAUUGCCAUUGGGUUCCUGAUCCCACCCAUCCUUGUGCCGAAUGUGGACGAUAUAAAUGAGCUGGCGCACCACAUCAGAGUCAUGUUCUACAUCAGCGCAGGAGUGGCCACCGUCAUCUUUAUCCUCGUGAUCAUCAUGUUUCAGGAGAGACCAGAGAUCCCUCCCAGCCAGGCCCAGGCUCAGGCUAGGAGCAUCCCCCCCGAUCAGUACUCAUACACGGCUUCUAUCUUGAGGCUGCUGUGCAACAAGCCCUUCAUGCUCCUGAUGGUUAGCUAUGGGCUGAACGUUGGCUGCUUCUACGCUGUUUCCACAUUAUUGAAUCGGAUGAUCAUUGAACACUAUCCUGGUGAAGAGGUCAAUGCUGGGAGAAUCGGUCUAACUAUUAUCAUUGCUGGCAUGGUUGGGUCGCUGAUAUGUGGCAUUUGGCUGGACAAGACCAAAACCUACAAACAAACCACCUUGUUUGUAUAUCUCCUCACUCUGAUCGGGAUGCUUGUCUAUGCCUUCACCCUAAACUUGGGUCACCUGUGGGUCGUGUUUGUCACAGCUGGAGUUUUAGGCUUCUUCAUGACAGGAUAUCUCCCUCUGGGGUUUGAGUUUGCGGUUGAACUCACCUAUCCAGAAUCAGAGGGAACCUCAUCUGGACUGCUUAACUGUUCAGCUCAGAUCUUUGGAAUCAUCUUCACCAUCUCCCAAGGGAAGAUUAUUGAUAAAUGGGGCACUUUGGCAGGAAACAUCUUCCUGAGUAUCUUCCUGCUAAUAGGAACAGUGAUGACGGGAUUCAUCAAGUCUGAUCUCCGACGACAGAAAGCCAACCUGCAGGCUGAGGUGCAGUCAUUGAGCAAAGAAAGAAACCUCGAAGGAGGCGCCUCUCCACCUGAAAGCCUGAAAAACUGAGGAGGACGGACGCUCCAUCUGUCAAAGACAAAGCGUACAGAUCAAAACAGAAAUACUGACACAUCAACAUGCAUAACCACGCACACAUGGCCACGGAGGGGAAAAAAGCUGCCGUGAAGAGUGAUAAUAUGGAGACUGAAUCACACUGAGUGGCGCUCUGUGAGCCUUUAUGAUUAAAGUAAGAACCAGCAGGACUACUGUAUAUUCGAUGUACUGUAUGGAGACUACACUCUCUGGCCUCAACACCAGAGAUUCACACUGAUAUAAUAAGUGCAACUUAGCUCAUCCCAAAGCAAGCACAAGUCAGUCAUGCACAAGGGGAACACACUUGGACCCUCAAUAGUUUUUACACUCCUUAUUUAAUGUAGGCAUUUUGUCUUGUCAAUGCAACUGUCACUUUAGUAACUCCAACAUUACUACACUCUUUAAUUUAACUUUAACAGGAUUGUUUCCUAAACUUUUACCGUCCCCCACUGACUGGUGUUCACUACGGAUCUAAUAAGCAACAUUUAAACUAUGAGUUUUUCCUAAUAUCGGACCAAUAUUGCGUGCAACUGAACUCAGUCUUUACAUUGCUGAAGGUAUUCCUUUUGAAUGUUCUGUUUUUAGAAUAAGCACAUUAAAUGCAGACUGUGACUGCUCACCUAGCAGCAGGGUGUUCAAAUUACCUCUGCCUGCCAUUCAGGAUCACACACUUCUGAAUACUGUUAAUUAAAAGUAUGAUUGAUGCUGUGCAUCUGAGUACACUUUGGAAAGUCACUUUUGUCCUUGUUUUACUGUAACACGAGAUAUUUUAGCGAUAAAUAUCUGGAUCAACAUGCAACAGUGUCAAACAUGAUGGAAGAUGAUGCCAAUCGAUCUAAUGCAUUUGUCAUUUUGCACGAGAAAAUGUCUUUAUAUGUAAUAUUCUUUAAAUUAGUUACUGAGAAAUGUAUUUCAUGCUGUGUACCCAGUGUUUGUACAGUUUGUCAUUUACAUGUUCUACUUGAUGUGUCGUGUUGAGAAGUGCUACUUCUUUUUUCAGUGGCAUUUGUAGAACAUUUGACAGUGCUGUGAAAUGUUGUCCUAAACCAGAAAAUCCAGAGCUGAAAAGAAUUUCUCUCGCCUCAACCCAAAUAUAAGACACGAGCCACACCGAUAUUAAAUGUUUACCAAAAAUACUGCGAAACCAAGAUGUCCCAGAACUUAUUUUUCAUUUCUAGUUUUAAAAGACGUUUUUAAAAAACGCAUCAUUUCCUUGUGACUUUAGUGGAAAACAUCAAAAUCAAAUCAUUUGAUUUUUUAAAACAUUUUAUAAGACAAAAAUUGUGCAUAAAUCCAAAGGGUGUACAAACUUUUCACAGCACAUACAAACAAUUUCUGAUAUACGUGUUUGUGAUACUUUGUGAUGAAGAGCAUAGUUUUAUAUUGUACAGUCAGAGUUCUUUGGUAAAUCAUGAAUUUAAAAAAAAA